ACGUUGCUCUUCGUCGUGGACGUGCGCGUAUGGAGGGAUGCGAUGGGGUUGGCCGUGCUGUGCUGUCGCGGACGGAGAGGACAGUUGUCGUGGCAGCUGCCGUUGUCGUAGUCCGUCGAUACAAAGCGGAGAGGGCGGCGGGCCGCAUGAAGGCAGCGCUUUCCAGGCGGCGGCACAGGAUUCUGCUGCAGAGGGUGUUGGACGCCCCGGACUGCAUCACGACUUCGGAGGCCGUGGUUCAGCUGUGCGCUGCAAUCAGCUCCGGUGUGCUUCCCAAGGCGACGCCACGUUGGUGGAUGAGGCGGAGAACUGACGGGACUUGGGAGGAUUUGCGGGUGUGCGAUGACGCGACGGAUGACUACUUCCGGGAAAAGUUCCGCAUGUCUAGGAGAGUGUUCAUGGAGAUCACCGAAGCCUGUGCGCCUCAUUUGCAACGACAGGUCACGUUUUACAGGGAGCCGCUUCAACCGGAUCAGAUCGUCGCGUACGCGCUGUAUAGGUGGGCAACAGGAGAGUCGUACGACAACAGCACAUCAUCGUUCGGCAUUGGCAGAGCAUCCGGAGUUCGAGCCGUGCGCGAUGUGACAGCCGCGUUGUUGAGGGUCUACGGGGACAAGAUAUCGUGGCCGACGGGGGUGCGUAAACACGUGGUGCUUCGGGCGUUUAAGGACAAGGGCUUUCCCAACUGCCAUGGCGCAGUUGACUGCACACAUAUCUACGUGGACAAACCGGCGAACGCUCCGAGCGAGAACUACUUCGACCGCAAGCACCGUUUCUCCAUCAUUGCGCAGGUGGUGGUGGACCUGGAUCUGCGUGUGCUUGACGUCUUCGUUGGCUACCCGGGCAGCUGCCACGACAUUCGGGUGAUCCAGCUGUCAAGUUUGUUGAAGCGCGCGGAAGAGGGAACGCUUUUUCGCGGGCCGCCUGUAACGAUGCCGGGAGGGGUGAGGACGAACGAAUACAUCUUGGGCGACAACGGGUAUCCUUCUUCAGAAUGGAUAGUGGUGUCGUACGGAGGAAUCAAUCAGCACCCGGACGAGGAAAGGUUCGACAACAAACAGAAGGUUGUUAGAGGUGUUGUGGAGAGGGCGUUCGGGAGGUUGAAGGGGAUGUGGAGGCUCUUCCCGCGGUCGCACAAGACGAACUUGGACACUCUACCGCAGCAGUUCACGGUCGUCUGCAUUCUCCACAACAUCCUGCUCGAUGCUGGAAUCGAGUUCGACGUUGUGGGAGGUCGACGAGAACGGGGUGAGGCGGCGAGUGGACCUGUGGAUUCAUCCCCCACUACAGCCAGUGACGAUGCUCACAUCGACGGACGCCGCACACGCGCUCCGCAAUGCCCUAGCAGAGCGAAUGAAACACAUCUGAUCGUGCGUGUCGCGCCACUCUGCCUGGCGUGCACAGACAGAAGCYGUGUGCGUCCGUCGUCGAGUCGCAGCGCUUGCGUCAUUCACGAAUGCGCGCAGUUAGCUCGCAGGGUUUGYAGUGGCGGACGGCUCGUUUGUAGGUGUUUGUUGUUGUAGUCGACGGUAGUGUGCUUCUCCAGGUCGUGGGUGAUCGGCAGUGAAGCGGGUCAAUU